AUGCCAUUGACUUCAAGAGACGACACCAGCGAGGGAAUUAAGACCAGGUCUGCAGGAGCAACGGGCACUGAGGAAGGUGCCUCCCCUAUCGGUUCCGCCCACCAGACCAAGUUGACUUUGGAUCAAGCUCCGGUUGGUCACACCCCUAAGGCCAUGCCCACGUCAGACUUAGCAGACCUAUCGAAGAUGAUUGUGGCUAUACAAAGAGCUGUAGAAAAUGGGCCGGAGCAGCUAGACAGUAAGUUUGCGGCUAUACAAAAUGGGCAGGAGCAGCUAGACAGCAAGUUUGCGGCUAUACAAAAAGGGCAGGAGCAGCUAGACAGUAAGUUUGCGGCUAUACAAAAAGGGCAGGAGCAGCUAGACAGUAAGUUUGCGGCUAUACAAAAUGGGCAGGAGCAGCGAGACAGCAAGUUUGCAGCUAUACAAAAUGGGCAGGACCACCUAGACAGCAAGUUUGCGGCUAUACGAAAUGGGCAGGAGCAGCUAGACAGGAAGUUUGCAGCUAUACAAAAUGGGCAGGAGCAGCUAGACAGCAAGUUUGCGGCUAUACAAAAUGGGCAGGAGCAGCUAGACAGUAUGUUUGCGGCUAUACAAAAAGGGCCGGAGCAGCUAGACACUAAGUUUGCGGAUAUGCAAAAUUGGCAGGAGCAGCUAGACAGCAACUUGGUAGCUAUACAAAAACAAAAAGGAUGA